AUGUCAUUCAUCCCUACGACACUAUACUACGCCUCCGCAGCUAUCCAUGCUGUUUCGAUCCCCGGACAUGUCCUUUUCGGGAUCAGGGAGGUCGACCCUGCCAUUGCCACGAUUCCUCCGAGUGAAAAGCAUGCACUCGGAAAAGCAACGGCAACCACCGCUUGGGAUAUGGUGAACGCUCUGCUGGCCGCUUCAGCACUGCUCAACAUUCAAUGGUCGCGCGUCGGAGUUCGCACCCUGGAAGAGAAAGCCAUUAUCUGGACCACCGUCCUGGCAGGUACUUUCACCGGCUGGAGAUAUUUCAAGGUCCGGUCUUACGCGGGACUCGGUUGCUUGUGGGUUGCGCCUUGGCUCACGGCAGGCGCCAUGGUGUAUGAAAAGCUGGGAUCAGCGCCAUUGUCUCGUGGUCACUCAGGCCAUUUACCUAUUGGCAGUGUUGUCUUCCACAGAUUCCGAGCGCCUUCUGCAAUAUGUGUACUUCGAUGGAAGUCCAAGUACCAUACUGGAUUCGCAUCCGAAAUUUCUGGCAUAUAG